GAUGAUUGAAGGGGGAGAGCUUUUAGCACGGAAGCGUUCAAGACGGGUUUGACGCGCCAAGCCGUUGACGAAAGGAACCUGGAAAUUUUGGCGGUGAUAAGAUAAGGGAUUUUUCGGAGUACGAAGCUUAUCGACAAGCUUAUCGGCUAUGUCGUCACCGAACAGGCAGGGGGAGGCCAUAGGACUAAAACCCCACCGCGGGGCAAGCUGCUUCAGGUACACCGUACCAUACACUACACUCACUCAUAGCAGCUUCCGGGACGGCUUGAGGUCCACAAUCCAGUUUCCUGCACCACCGCUGCAAUAUUGCGAGGAAAAGCUCUUGGAUCUCAGGGCUACUUUUCAGAAUCAUCUCGAUUUCCGACUUACAACUCACAACCUGUUCACACAUACAAAAGUCACUACGACAUCAUGUCGACAGUUCCCAACCCAGACCCGGCUCCCGGGACCUCUCAGGCUUUCAUUCCCCUGGAAGCCAACCCAGAGCUUAUGACCACCCUCCUCCACAAGCUAGGUCUCUCUUCAGCGUUGCAAAUCCACGAUGUCUACUCUUUGACCGACCCGGACUUGCUCGCCUUUAUCCCUCGACCCGCUCUCGCCCUACUCCUCGUCUUCCCCGUGUCGGCGACGUAUGAAAGCCAUCGUCUCGCCGAAGACGCCCUGGCAGAAGAGUACCAGGGCCGGGGCGACGCAGAGCCCGUUGUCUGGUUUCGGCAGACGAUCCGCAAUGCCUGCGGCCUGAUGGGGCUCCUGCAUGCGGUUGCGAACGGCCCAGCACGCGAAUAUAUUCAGAAGCCGUCUGCCCUCGACACGCUCAUCUCCGAAGCCCUGCCUCUUGGCCCAGCCGAGCGCGCGAAGCUCCUCGAACGCAGCGAGUCCCUCGCAUCGGCGCACCGCGAGGCGGCGUCGCAAGGCGACACGUCGGCACCGCGGGCCACGGACGACGUGGACUUGCACUACGUCUGCUUCGUCAAGGGCACGGACGGGACGUUGUGGGAGCUGGACGGCGGACGCAAGGGACCCCUGCGCCGCGGGACACUCGAGGAGGGUGAAGACGUUCUCAGUCAGAAUGCCUUGGCCGUGGGCCCCUUGAGGUUCUUGGAGAGGGAAGGGGCCGACUUGCGGUUCAGCGCCGUGGCACUCGCGGGCGCUAUGGAUUGAGCAAGUUGUGUCGAAGGGUGAGUGUGCAUCGACCGGGCAUAUGUCGUACGAGCAUCAUCGUAGCGAUUGGUGGCGUGGAUAGAGUAUAUUUAUUAUACACGUGUCAGUUGGACUGACUACCUUGUCAAGUCACUUUGGGUGACUUGGGAGUGAGAAACCGAGUUAUUGGACUGAUGAGUUCUGUCAAGGUAUUCACGAAAGAACAGAAACAGGAAUGGACGAAGGACGGGAAGUGCUCAGGUUUUAUGAAUCCCGUGGGUAGUAUCAAGUCAUGGGGAGUCCGUUUCUUGCAGUCAAGCAUCUGCUGCCGGAUAUCUUUUCUAUUGAGUCUGUUAUCUUGGCAGACCUUAAGCUCACCUGCCCUCACCGAGACCAAGGUACGGGGCAUGUUGGAGACAACCGAC